AUGCCGUCCAUAGAGGGCUCUGGCGUCACUGGUACUGCCGAGGAGAACGUGGAGGGCCGGCAGCAGAAGCCUAAGACCUUACCAUACGCGUGGAGCACGUUCAACGCCAUGAGAGAACUCAUACUAAAGAGAAGCCUUUCUCCUGCGCAUGGCUUCGCUGUGGGAAGACUUUUGGACGUCGGUUAG